AUGUUAGAUAAGCCUUUAGCCGUGGCGAUUCGGUCCGCCGUUACUGAUAUAAGUUUUGAUUCAGGUGAACGCGACGAGAACCUCUUGGUACUGUACGACGACAUGAAGCUGGCUUUCAACGGUCUCAUGUCUCGGAUCCUAGUGGCACAGGAGGUACCGGAGGAGGCUUAUGUCGACCUGACUUUACAAGUAUUGGAAUUCGGUUAUCGAUUGGAUCAAUGUAUGGGUCUAGAAUCCGAGGAAGCAGACUCUGGGUACGCUUCCUCGCAGGAGCAGGACAGGACACGGCUAUCACAGCUGGCUCACGAUAAAAGUAAGUAUAUGGGGACCAAGAAGCAUAUCAAGAUGCUACUAUCCAAGAACUCUAGCAAGUCUCGCGGGGUCCGUUCUUCGGUUCGAAAAGCGACCGGGUGGUGGAAGUCAAAGACUGUCGUUCCCAAAUCCCCCGGACUGUUCAUCUGCGAUUGCUGCCCUAAGAAACCCAGGAAGUUUAAGAAACCCUAUGGCUUGCGCGCGCAUGAAAUCGAGAAACAGUUCUCAUGCCAGUACUGUAACAGCCGUUUUAAGAACAAGGAGGAGGUCAAGCGGCACGAGAAUGCUCUUCAUCUACGCUUGUAUUCGUGGUCGUGUGCCGCACUCAUCAGUUUUCAGCCCGCGUUCGUCGCUUCCAUGUCUCCAUCUUACCAAACCAGCACCGGUCCGUCUCCUGAUAUGUGCGGGUACUGCGGCAAAGAAUUUCCAAAUUACCCCCAGGUAGACUGGGAUGGCCGGUUCGAGCACUUGACGACCGUGCACAAGUUCGGCGAGUGCAACAAUGCGAAGAAGUUCUACCGCGUCGACCACUUCCGGCAGCACCUGAAACAUAGCCAUGCUGGGACCAGCGGGGAAUGGACCAAUAUAUUGGAAAAUGCUUGCAUGAAGGAAGAGCAGCCCAAUGGUGGUAAAACCGGCGUAUCGGAUGGUGCUGGCAGUGGAUCAGUAUCUAGCACCUAA